AUUAUUCAGAACAACAUUGCGACCGGCUUAAAAGAGAGUAGAUUGGAGUUUCAUUUUUUCCUUGUCGUCACUUCUCCAUUUUUCGCAUACCCGUCCAUCAUAUGUAUUCCAAGUCACCAAAUCUGAGUCAGAACUUAAAUCAAACACCUUCUGCGCAUCAACAAUCCGCCAACGCACUGAGUACAUAUGAAUCAAAACACUCCUAGUACGUACAAAUUCUAACUCAAACCGCAUUUCACUAUGUGUACAUGAAUCUUUUAACUUUUACCUUCUUUUACCAUACCUAAAUCAGCACAACCCUUAUUUAAUAGUACAGCAAAACGUGUAAUUAUUCUGAAAGCUUCCAUUUUUAACCGUAAAAUACCAAAUCUUGUCUUGGUUCGUAAUUCACAUAGCAUUUCACAGCACAGAGCAAUUUCCCCCAAUAUUAUCAAAUAGCCAGAUGCAAGAUCUUCAAUCUCCACCACCACAAUCGGCACACGCAGCACCACGCUCCGCGGCGGACCUAUUUGGAGAUCCAAGUGAUCCAAACCCACCACAAUGGCUAAACCCAACAUUGUUCCAAUCCCAAGACUUCGACCCGGAAUCCUAUAUCUCCGAUUUACGCACCUUUGUUCCUCUCGAAACUCUCCGUUCUGAACUCCGUUCCCACUUCACGUCGCUACAGCGUGACCUGGUGGACCUCAUCAAUCGAGAUUAUGCGGAUUUUGUUAGCCUCAGUACGAAGCUUACUGAUGUUGACGCCGCUGUGGUUCGUAUGCGAGCCCCACUGGUUGAGAUCAGGGACAAAAUUGAUGCUUUUCGAAAUGCUGUUGAAGGAUCUCUUGCUGCCCUCCAAAACAGGCUUAAACAGCGAGCUGAUGCUGCUGAGGCCCGCCAAGUUCUUGAGCUUCUCCUUGAUACUUUCCAUGUUGUCUCCAAGGUUGAAAAACUGAUUAAGGAGCUCCCAGCAGCUGAUUUGUCCAAUGGACAUGAUGUGAAUUAUGCAGAGAAUGGGAUCGAAACAGGAUCUAAUCUGAGCCUGAGGGAAACUCAAAGCAUGCUCCUGGAGAGAAUUGCUAGUGAAAUGAAUAGGCUAAAAUUCUAUAUUGCUCAUGCUCAGAAUAUGCCCUUUAUUGAGAAUAUGGAGAAGAGGAUACAGAAUGCAAGCUCUUUAUUGGACACAAGCUUGCAACACUGUCUUGUAGAUGGACUUGAACAUAGGGAUGCCAACGCAAUAUACAACUGCUUGCGUGCAUAUGCUGCCAUAGAUAAUACCAGGAAUGCUGAGGGAACUUUUCGAUCAACUAUAGUGGGCCCUUUGAUCCAAAAAGUCAUCCCGCAAAAUCCAUCUGGAGUUGUUGGUGGAUCAUCUGGAGAUGAACUUGAGCAGGACUAUGCAAAGAUCAAGCAAUAUAUAGAGGAUGAUUGUAAAUUUCUAUUGGACAUAUCCUCUAUCGAAAAUUCUGGUUUACAUGUUUCAAGCUUCAUUGCAAAUUCUAUCCUUAAAGAGGUUCACUCUGCCAUCCAGAAAGGAAAACCGGUGGUAUUCUCCCCUGGAAGGCCUACGGUGUUCCUCAAAAAUUACAAAGCAAGCUUGUAUUUCUUGGCACAUUUAGAAGGUUAUUGUCCCUCGCGAUCUGAAGUAGUCAAGUUUCGCUCUGAAGCUGCAUAUAUUGACUUCAUGAAACAAUGGAAUGUCGGUGUCUAUUUCUCAUUGAGGUUCCAGGAGAUAGCUGGCGCUCUUGAUUCUGCACUUUCUGUUGCUAGUCUCGUCCCAGUGGCCUCUGAACAGAGGAAGCCUCAAGACUUGAUUUUGAAGCAAAGUACGUCUCUUUUAGAUUGCUUAAGAUCUUGCUGGAGAGAUGAUGUUCUUGUCCUUUCUUGCUCAGACAAGUUCCUGCGUUUGUCUUUGCAACUUAUGUCCAGAUUCUCAAACUGGUUAUCUGCCGGAUUGGCUGCUCGUAAAGCUGGUAAUGUGGGCUCAAACCUUGGAUUUGAAUGGGCUAUUUCUGCAGGUCCUGACGAUUUAGUAUAUGUAGUUCACGAUUUGAACUGUUUGGUGGAGGAAGUGUGUGGUGAUUACCUUGAACUCACACUUGAGUUGCUCAAGUCAUGCCCUGCUGAAGUGUGUGAUAUUGUAAAACAGGGUAUUUUACAAGGUGGGAAGACCCUAAAGGACCUUUUGCCAAUUGUGAUGAAUGCAAUAAUUGAGACGAUAGUUGAGAAGUCUGUAGAGGACUUGAGGCAGUUGAAAGGAAUAACUGCUACCUACAGGAUGACUAACAAGCCUCUCCCAGUCAGGCAUUCCCCAUAUGUCUCUGGGGUAUUACGUCCACUAAAGGAAUUUUUGGAUGGAGAACGGGCUGCUACAUGUCUGACAAGUGAGAUCAGGAAUGAGCUCUUGCAAGGUGCCGCUUUGGAAAUAACUGGACGUUACAAUGAAUUAGCUACAGACCUUGUCAAUAUGAGUCGAAGAACGGAAUCUUCGCUUCAAAAACUACGUUUGGGUGCUCAAAGACGAGCUGGAGCAAGCUCAGAUGUCUCAGAUCAGAAUUUGUCUGAUACUGACAAGAUCUGCAUGCAAUUAUUUCUUGACAUUCAGGAAUAUGCACGGAGCCUAUCAUCACUUGGGGUCGACGCAGCUAGUAUUCCACCUUAUCGUUCGUUAUGGCAGUGUGUUGCCCCUGCUGAAAGGCAAAACUCAUUAACCUUCUAGUUUAGGCUGGGCUGGUUUGGUACAGAGGUCUCAUAGUUUACCUUCUAAAUUAAUAUUUCAUAGGUCUACUUCAAUUUUGUAUCAAUAUUUCCAUCCUUCUCUUUUUUUUUUCUUCUCCCCCUGAUAUAUUGUCACUUCGAUGUAACAACUCUACAACUGAUUUUUUAGAUAUCUAAAGACAUAUAAAGGUGGAUAUCUGAAUAUUGUAAGGCAGAUUUUCCCAAAAUCAUACAUAAAGUAGCUGCAAACAUAGAAACGUACAAUUUAUUGUUAAUUGGAAGAGAAAGUCGGAGCUUAUAUUUGGAAGUCUC